CGGAAGGCGCCCUCCCCGCCGCCUGGGCCCCGGCACCGGGUGCCGGGCCCGGGGUCCUUCCCGCCUCCUGCGGCCGCCGGCCGCUUUGUUUCCCCAGCCUCUGCGCUCCGGGCAACUCAAGAGGGGCUCCCGCCGAGGCUGCACAGGGCUCGCGGCGGCAGGAAGGGCGGCCGACCGCGCCGGGACUCACGGGGACCCAGGAGUCCGGCCGCCGAGAGGGCCGCGUGACGAGAUCGAAGAGGGACCCGGAGCUCCGUGGCCCACGGGUGCGGGCCGGGGGCGCUCGCGAGCAGAGACCUCCCCGUCGAGGGGGGGCGAUGUUCCCCUCGCCCGUGGGCUCUUCGGGCACUCAGGGCAUCCCGCCGCUGGGACCAGGGCCCCCUCAGUGGGCACCCCCCCGGAAAGUUCCAUGGAGACUCUGUGCCCCGCUCCCCGCCUCGCAGUGCCGGGGUCCCCGCGAGGGUCACCCUGCUCCCCCACACCCCGGAAGCCGCGUCGGGGGACCCAGGAGUUCUCUCCUCUGUGCCUGCGUGCCCUUGCCUUCUGCGCCCUUGCCAAACCCCGGGCGUCCUCUCUGGGCCUGGGGCCUGGGGAGCUGGCGCCGCGGGCUCCGGUGCUGCUGGGCCCUUGCGCCCCGCUGUGCACGGGCGGCAGGGCCCCGGAUGGCCUGAAGCACCUCGCGGGACAGGCCGGGCGGUCCAGCGAUCCCAACUCCCAGGCCCGCCAGGAUGCCGACGCCGCAGUGUGCCGGGGCCGCGGCGAGGAGGAAGAGGGCGGAGGCAGUUUCCCGCACUUCAGCGCUCGCUUCGGCGUACCUCCCGGCCACUGCCCGGCGCCCCGGCGCCCUCGGGAAUCUCCGACCAGCUCCGUCUCGGCUCCGCCUAGGCCAGCCCUGGUUCUCGACUCUCAGCCUGGCCCCGCCGCUAGCCCGCAUCAGGAGCCAGGUUCUUGGUCUCCGCCGCCACCUGCGGGCCUCUCCUCUGAGCCCAUGGGGCCUGGGGCCGCGCCGGAACCGCCCCCGCCGAACCAGACGGCCGCAGUCGAUGGAAACCCUCCGAAGGUCGCCCCCGAGGCACCGGCCUCCAGCCCCUCGACGGCCAGCGAAGCUCCGGCCGCGCCCGGCGAUCUCCGCCAGGAACAUUUCAAUCGUCUGAUCCGCCGCUCGAAACUGUGGUGUUACGCGAAGGGUUUCGCCCUCGACACUCCGAGUUUGCGCCGGGGGCCCGAGCGGCCCCCAGCCAAAGGGCCCGCCCGAGGAGCCGCCAAGAAACGCCGGCGGCCGGCGCCCCCCCAACGCAGCGCGCAGCCCCGCCGACCUACCCCGACGCUCCCCACCACGAGCACCUUCAGUCUCCUCGACUGCUUCCCCUGCCCCCCGGCCCUGGUGGUGGGGGAGGACGGAGACUUAGGGCCGGCAUCCUCGCUUCGCCUCCAGGGAGACGCUAAGCCCCCGCCUGCCCACCCGCUGUGGAGGUGGCAGAUAGGGGGUCCCGCUGUCCCUGAGCCCCCCGGCCUCAAAUUCUGGGGAAUCAACUUGGAGCAGCCCUGAGCGUGAGACCUCUUCUGCCAAGGGGGAAGAGUGGGGGCCACAGCCAGACUGCGGGCUCGAGAAUAGAACGUCAUUUCUCACCUUGCCUGUCCUCUUUAGGUUUUAUGGGCUGUGGUCAGAAGGACCUCAAAUGACAGUGAUCUUCAAGCACCUAACUGGUUGCAGUGACACCCCCUCCCCCUCAUCCUUUGGAGAAGAACCAAGGACUGGAGUCGGGAGAAGGCUUAACCGAAAAAGGCUUAAAGACGUAGAUUCCAAUCCCUCCCCUCUUCCAUCUCGGAUCUCUGGGGGCAGGGCCUUCACCCCAGGGGGAGUCGAGGAGGCUACAACUCAAAGAGGAGGAAAAAAAAGAGGGAGAGAGACCUUGGUGAUGGACAAACCGGUUGUUUCUGUGGGCGAGCCUGGGGAUGGGGUGGGGGCUGUGGUGGGGGUGGGGAGGUGAUUGGCAGCUCCCUGGGGGCAUCCUCUACCCCCACCAACCAGGCCUUUAACCCUUCACUCCCCUCAGGCCUUCCCUAGCCUCCAAGCACCACUGGGGUCCCUUCAUGGGGACCGAAGCAGCUUAGGUAAGGGUAAAAUCACCCUCUCCCGGUUCUUUUCCUAGGGUCCCCCAAGUCAGGUGACCCCUAGUUACGAGGUCUUCAUUCUCAGCCACCAGUCUUUCCCCUUUGUCCAGUUUGGGAGUUUCCUUCAGUAUUCCAUUUGCUUUCAGGUUAUAAGAUCUGAUGGGUAAAAGAGGACACCCCCACAACCCCCACCCCAC